CCAAGAAACAAACAAGUUUAUUUUUCGGUAUCCAAAAUGGCUCGUACAAAGCAGACUGCCAGGAAAUCCACGGGAGGCAAGGCACCGAGGAAGCAAUUAGCCACCAAAGCGGCGCGAAAAUCAGCUCCGGCUACCGGUGGAGUCAAGAAACCUCAUAGGUUCAGACCCGGAACCGUGGCGUUACGUGAGAUCCGGAAGUACCAAAAGAGCACCGAGCUCUUAAUCAGGAAGCUCCCGUUCCAAAGGCUGGUGAGAGAAAUCGCCCAGGAUUUCAAAACCGAUUUGAGAUUCCAAAGCAGCGCCGUCGCCGCUCUCCAGGAGGCCGCCGAAGCUUAUUUGGUCGGGCUUUUUGAAGACACCAAUCUGUGCGCCAUUCACGCUAAGAGGGUUACUAUAAUGCCAAAAGAUAUUCAAUUGGCUCGUCGUAUAAGGGGCGAAAGGGCUUAGUUUUCCUUUUUGAUGAAUUUUACUUUAUAUUUUAUGGAUUUGUGUAGGGUUUAAUAUUGCAAAAGUGGAUGUGUACAUCCUUGUCUUUCUUGUUUUAGUGUUUGUUUAAGGUUAAUGUCAUAUUAAUCAUUCGUAUUUUUACCCUUUUAAUUAAUAUAAAUGAUUUAAGUGUUGUUUGUUUUUAA